ACCCCUCCAAAACCGCGCAGUACCCAAUCCCCAAUGGCGACGCCGCCGGAGUCCCUCUCGGCGGCGGCGGAGGAAGAGGAGGAGGUGUUGGAGGAGGAGGAGGAGGAGGAGGCGCGGGGGCUGCUGUACGAGGCCUACAACGAACUGCAGGGCCUGGCGGCGGAGCUCGGCAGCGGGGCGGCACCCGCACCGGCGGUGGUGGUCGUCGGCCACCAGACGGACGGCAAGAGCGCGUUGGUCGAGGCACUGAUGGGGUUUCAGUUCAACCACGUCGGCGGCGGCACUAAGACCCGGCGUCCCGUCGCGCUCCACCUACGGUUCAACCCGCGGUGCCACGUCCCCCACUGCCGCCUCCUCGCCGGCUCGGGCGCGGGGGACGACGGCGGCGAAGAGUCCGGUGUCGCCUGCCGUGCAAUGCCGCUCGCGGACAUCCAGGCAUAUAUUGAAGCCGAAAACAUGAGGCUGGAGAAUGACCCUUCCCAAUUUUCAGAAAAAGAGAUUAUAAUAAGGAUAGAAUACAAGCAUUGCCCUAAUCUCACCAUUAUCGACACUCCAGGCCUCAUCCUACCAGCUCCUGGUCGUAAAAAUCGACUUUUGCAGAGCCAGGCUUGUGCUGUAGAGACCCUUGUUCGUGGGAAAAUCAAGCAUAAGGAAACCAUAAUACUUUGCCUUGAAGAUUGUAGUGACUGGAGUAAUGCAACUACAAGGAGAGUGGUGAUGCAGGUUGAUCCUGAUCUUGCAAGGACUGUUAUAGUUUCCACAAAAUUGGACACUAAAAUCCCACAGUUUGCACGUGCCUCUGAUGUUGAAGUCUUUCUUCACCCUCCAACCUGUGUUCUAGAUGGUUCCUUACUGGGGGAUUCUCCUUUUUUCACAUCAGUGCCUUCUGGGAGAGUUGGGUCCUGUCAUGAAGCUGUAUUCAGAUCAAAUGAAGAGUUCAAGAAGGCCAUCUCAUUGAGAGAGUUGGAAGAUGUUGCAUCUCUUGAGGACAAGUUAGGAAGGGGGCUUACAAAGGAGGAGAAAAAUAGAAUAGGAGUGGGUAACUUGAGACUAUUUUUGGAAGAAUUGCUGAAGAAGAGGUACAUCGAGAGUGUUCCAUUGAUUAUUCCACUUCUUGAGAAGGAACAUCGUGGUGCAGCAAGGAAGCUGCGUGAAGUCGCUCAAGAAAUCAGUGAUUUGGAUGAAGCAAAAAUGAAGGAGAAAGCUCGCUUGUUCCAUGAUUCAUUUUUGUCAAAGUUAUCUUUGCUAUUGAAAGGAAUGGUGGUGGCACCGCCUGAUAGAUUUGGAGAAACUUUAGUUAAUGAGAGGAUAAAUGGAGGAACGUUUACUGGAAGUGAGAAUUUCCUGAUCCCAAACAAAUUGAUGCCUAAUGCUGGAAUGCGUCUCUAUGGUGGUGCACAAUACCAUCGGGCAAUGGCUGAAUUUCGUUUGGUAGUUGGAAGUAUGAAAUGCCCUCCAAUUACUAGGGAGGAAAUCGUCAAUGCUUGUGGCGUUGAAGAUAUUCAUGAUGGGACAAAUUACUCCAGCGGCGGCGGUGGUGGUAGGGAGGUCUUCUUCCACACCCUCGACCGCGUGCCGUCUGGCCUGCACAUCGACGCCGACUUCCCCUCCGACGACGACGAUGAUGACGACGACGACGACGUUCGCGUCUCCUUCGCGUCUGCCACGGGCGACCACAACUUCCAGAGCUUCCGCCGGCAUCAGGCGGCCGUGUUGGAGGACGACGACGAGGAGGCGGCGGAGGAGGAGGACGAGGACAUGUCCAAGUAUGAUAUGUGGAUGUCCGACGAGCACAUGUCGAUACAGGAGCGGCGCCGCCGUCUGCACCAGGGGCUCGGGCUCGCCAGCAGCCGGGACCUCGCGCUCCGGCGUCACAGCACCAGGAAGCGCAUGGUCGACAUCCCCCGGAGCAUGUCCAAGAUACCUCCGGUCCCGUCGCCGGCGGCCGCGCCGACCGCCACCGUGGCGCCGACCACGUCGGCGCGUGACAUGCUGAUGCGGCGGCCGGAGAAGCCCAUCGCGCGCCGCCGGUCCGACAGCUGCCUCGCCGUGCGAGACGGCGGUGUGUCGGUCGGCUCUGGGAAGCCACCGCCCUCGCCGUCGCCGUCGAUGCGUCGUGCUCGCUCCUUGCCGGCCCGGCACGCCGCCUCCGACGAUGUCUCUCUCGUCGAGAAGUUUCGAAACACUGUGGCUAAGCGUGAUCUCCCCGCCGUGCCCCCACCGGACGCGGCGCCGCCGCCGGUGGAUAAAGGCCGCGCCGGUGACGGCGACGGUAAGGGAGGCAGCGACGCGAACAAGAACCAGCAGAGCGGCAAGGAGAAGGAGAAGGAGAAGGAGGUCACCGUCGUCGCUGCACCCAAGGAUGCCGGCGCGUCGAACACCCAGACCGGCGUGCAGCUGGGGCUGGAGGAGUUCGAGAAGUUCAUCGGCAACACCCCCAUCGUGAAGCACCUCAUGCGGCGUGGCCAGAGCCAGAGCCACAGCGGGCCGCUCGCCUCACCCUCCGGCGGCGCGCCUCCCAAGGCCGAGAAGCCGGCGGGCAGCAAGAAGAAAGGUGGGUGGCUCAAGAACAUCAAGUCCGUCGCCAUCGGCUUCAUCCAGGACAAGGACGGCAACAGCAAGUCGACCCCGUCGACGGCCACCGCCGCCGCAACCAACGCCACCCCCUCGUCGUCGUCGUCGUCAUGCUCGGCUUCGUCGUCGGAGCGGCUCAAGGUGCACCAGUCCGGCAAGUCGUGCAAGGAGCUCACGGGGCUGUACAUGUGCCAGGAGAUCCAGGCGCACGAGGGGUCGAUCUGGAGCAUCAAGUUCAGCGCCGACGGCCGGCGGCUGGCCAGCGCCGGCGAGGACAGCGUGGUGCGCGUGUGGCAGGUCGUGGAGGCGAGCUCCCCGCCGUGCUCCCUGCCGAACGACGGCCACUCGGGGCCCCUGCCGCCGCAGCCCCCGGGCGCCGCGGCGGCGGACGGUACGACGCCGGCGACGCCGGCGCUGGCCCAGCUGUCCAAGAAGUCGGUGAAGGGGAAGAGUGGCAAGGACACGCUCCCCGAGCACCUCGUCGUCCCCGACAAGGUGUUCGCGCUCGCCGACCAGCCGGAGUGCGUCCUCGAGGGCCACCAGGACGACGUGCUCGACCUCACCUGGUCCAAGUCCGACCAGCUGCUGUCGUCGUCGAUGGACAAGACGGUGAGGCUGUGGGACACGGCCACCAAGGCCUGCCUCAAGAUGUUUGCCCACAACGACUAUGUGACUUGCAUCCAGUUCAACCCGGUGGACGACAGGUUCUUCAUCAGUGGAUCGCUGGACGCCAAGGUGCGGCUAUGGAGCAUCCCCGACCGGCAGGUCGUCGACUGGACCGACCUCAACGAGAUGGUCACCGCCGCCUCCUACACCCCCGACGGCCAGGGUGCCAUCUUCGGCUCGCACAAGGGUAGCUGCCGGUUCUACAAGACAACAGAUUGCAAGCUUAGCCAGGAGGCACAGAUUGACAUCCAGACGAAGAAGCGCAAGUCGCAGGCGAAGAAGAUCACCGGCUUCCAGUUCGCUCCGGGGAACCCCUCCGAGGUGCUCGUCACCUCCGCCGACUCGCAGAUCCGCGUCUUCGACGGCGUCACCAUGGUCCAAAAGUUCAGAGGUUUCAAGAACACGAGCAGCCAGAUCUCGGCGGCGUACACGUCGGACGGCCGGUACGUGGUGUGCGCGAGCGAGGACUCGCACGUCUACCUGUGGCGGGCGGCGCGGGGCGCGCCGCCGGCGGUGGCGGCCAUCGGCGGCAUCGGCAUGAAGGCCAAGACGUGGUGCACCACCCGCUCCUUCGAGAACUUCUACUGCAAGGACGUGUCCGCCGCCGUCCCGUGGCCGCUCGCCCCCUCCCUCCCCGCCGACGGGUCGGUCUCCGGCAGCUCGCCGUCGCGGCGGCAGGGCGCGUCGUGCAACGACGACGUGUGCAGCAUGGCGAGCCACGCCGCCGGCGCCACCAAGCCUCCGGACCUGCCGUCCAAGAGCGGCGAGCUGAGCAACUCCGGGACGCCGCUGACGCACUCCGGGCAGCUAGGUAAAAGCGGCGGCGGCAGCGCCGACGGCGGCAAUGCGUGGGGGUUGGUUGUGGUGACGGCGAGCCUAGGCGGCGAGAUUAGGGUGUACCAAAAUUUUGGAAUGCCAUUCAGGAUAAGAGGUCAGGGUAACCUCUUCUACUGAACACAAACGCUAUGUAUGCUCAUGGGCUUUCUGACAAUUUUCAUUUUCGUACUAUGAUCCAUUUUCAGAACUCAGAAGUGGCCUACUUAGAUGAUCUCUAAUACUUACUAUAUAUAUAUAUAUAUAUAUAUUCAGUUUACUAUAGGUAUUAUUAGGAAAAUGGUUACAUGUUGUUAGUGACUUUAGUGCCAGGCAUGCAC